AUGUCUUUUGAAGACAAAGCGUCUUCCCAUCAGGGACACAGUAUUCGUGGUGUUGGAGCGGAAGUGAGAUUGCCAUUUUGUAAUGACCAACUGAUAAGAAAUGGUUGGACAGUAGAGGAAUAUGGCAAAGGAUUCAGAUGGACCAACAAGCAGGGAAAGAAGUUCUUCUCAUCGAAGGCUGUCCAGUCGUUCCUUCAGAGCGAAGAACCUUUAUUUGACGAAGAAGACGAUGCUGAUUAUGUCCCUUCAAACGAUGACUGUUCGCCUGAAAAGCAACCAAAGCGUGUAAUGAUAGAUCAAAGCAUAAAGGAAGUGAUAGAACUACCAGUAAACUAUUACAUUGGCAUGACAUGCCAAUUGCAAGACUUUGUUGACCAAAUAAAUUUGACUCACCAGUGCACUUCAGCUGCAGAAGAAUGUACAGGAAAGCUAGUGCCAAUAGAGCGAAAGGUAAAAGGCCUUGGAGGAGGAGUCAAAAUUGCAUUUGCAUGCUCUGGAUGCCAGAACACAAUCCAUUUUGCAAGUAGCAAAGUUGCAUUAGAUGCGUCAAAACGGCAGUUGGUUUCAUGGGCGGUUGCCAUUUGUUUCCUUGUGUACGGACAUGGUUAUCCAAUGUACCACAAGAUCCUACGAAUGGGACUUGGAAUUAACAUUUUGGCCAAAAGUAACUUUUAUAAUGUCCUUAAAGUGGCCCAUCCACAUGCACGAGAUGUUCUUAUGGACAUGUGCAACAAGGCAAAAAAUGUAGUGAUGAAGAAAGACAAAACCACUCUUGGAAGCUGGGAAAGAGCUGUUACGAGUUCAGAUGGUUGCUGGCUAAUUCGCGGUUUUCAUAGCCAGUGUGCUAGCUUUGUCAUCGUCGACUUCCUGACAGGUGGCAUUUUAUAUUACGGCCAUUUGUGCAUGAGGGGCUCAAACAGAAUAAGUGACACUGAUCUGUGGGAAGGGACAUCGAAGUCAGCAGAGGGGCACUUGGCCUAUGAGCUCUUUAAACAGGCAAAGGAUGAAGGGAUGAAUGUUGAACUUAACUGGCAAGAUCAAGACUCUUCAUCCGGAUUGUCGUUCAGGAGCAUCUUUCCGGAUGACAGUCUCAACCGUAUAAUGCUCUGUGGUGGACAUGUUGGCCGUUCUCACGGAAACAAUUUAAAAGAGUAUAAGGGGAAGAAACACCUGGAGAAGGCCUUCAUAGACAAACAUAAGGAGAAAUUUCCAAAGAUCGCAGAAGUAAAAUGUGUAUGCGCUGGAAAGAAACAUUCCAAAAACUGUGGAUGUUUAAAUGAUAGUUUUAUACUAGCAGCCAAACGCAAUCAUUUCUCUGCUUUGAAACAAAGCCAAAAUGACCCAGAGGAAUAUGGCCAUAGGAUGAGGUGCCUGGGGAAAUACCAUGCAAGAGAUAUCCAUGAGUGGACCGAAAACAACAUCGAGCUGACUUGUGGAUUUCAUCCUAAGUUUGUGUGUUCGUGUGGUAAAUGUGGGCAGAAAGAAAAGGAAAAUGUAGAAAGAAGUGAGUGUGUUUUGGAAAGUGAGGAAGCAGAAGAAUGUGAUGGCAGUGAGAAAAGUUAUGAGAGUGAAAAGGAUGAUGACGUUGAUGAAAAAAAUGGGAAAGAAGUAUCGAGAGAGAACAGUAGUGGUGAAGAGGUUGGUGAAAAUAUAAGUGAUGAUAGUACGAUUGAAGGCAGUGACCGAAGUGAAGAUAAUAGUAGUGAGGAAAGUGGUAGUAGUGGACGUGAUAGUAAUGUGAAUGCAUCAAAUGAGGACAGCAGUGGUGAAAGUGAAUGUGAAGACGCCGGAAAUGAUAGUCAAGUGAAUGUAUCAAAAGAGGACAGCAGUAGUGAAGAUGAGAGUGAAGAUGAGAGUAAAGAUGAGAGUAAAGAUGAUGCAAGUGGAGACAGUGAAAGUGAAGACAGUGAUGAAGAGGAGGAUGAUUUAUUCAAGUGCGCUGGCAAGCCAUACCAUGCAAGGAACAUUUUGAAGUGUGACUUCCAUGCCCUUCUCUACGAGAUUGAAUGCGAGCGAGAAGCCAAGAAGGCUAAGGAUAUUGUGCAUGAGGAGAUGGGUCGUGGGCACUCUAAUCUACCUGAGAGUAAAUUUAGUGUGCUCACUAGAUUCAGACCCAAGAGCACAAAUUUACACCAAACUCAUUACGAGUUUUCCACCAACAUCGGUCUCUGCCAAAGUAAUAUAACCUUCAUGUAUAAACAUGUUGGUCCCAAAUACCACUGGCUGCGAGAUCUCCUAGAGAGGAUGAACUUGCCACUCCCAGAGGGCAUAGAAGACAUAUGGGAAACAGAGAAUGAAGAGCGAAUGAAACGUCUUAAUAAACAAAAGACAGACAAGGCAAAGAUUGCCCGAGUGAAGUUGAAGCAAAACCGCAUGAAGGAAAGCAAAACCAGGAGAAAGUUUGUCUUACAACAAAAAAUUGUUCAUGGAUAUGGGGAUGAAGAGACCGAUGAAAAUGAAACACUAAAAGAAGUGCAGAGAAGGCUAGCAGAGAAACCUGCAAAAAUAGUCUAUAAUGAAGUUAAAGCUCCCAAAGGUGCACGUGUAACCAUUAGUGGGAAGAAGUGUAAGUGUGGAAGCACCGAGCAUCAAAGAACUUCUCAUAAAUCAUGUCCACUGAAUAAGAAAUCAAAAGCUAAAUAAUACUGCCAGGGACUAUAUUUAUAUAAAAUAUGAAAAGAUUUGCAGAUAUCCCAUUUCUUAAAGAAUGUGAGAAUACUAGUGCCAUAUAAGAAUAAUCAUCUUUGGUUAACCAAACCUGAGUAUUUUCAAAGCUAUUUCUUAUUUAUUGGUAAUAGACUUGAUCAGUUAGUGUACAGCGUUGUCAUCCAAUGCAAAUCCUGUAGAAAAGGGACUUUCAUUUGUACAAAUGCAGCUAAAAAUAGGAAUACAAUGAAAUUCAUUGAAAAUGAAGUCCAUUACCAGUAAUAAGAGUUGGUUGGAAAUAUAGCCGAUUGAUAUAGUGUGAAUCUUAGUUGGCUGUGCCAUUUCAUCAUACUAUGAAAAUCACUAGACUGGUAAACAACAUCAGCUCAAAACUUUGCCUUUUUUGUACCACAUGACUGGUUUUGAGUGUUAUGAUUGGCUAGAAGCAAUCACAUGAUACACUAAAAGCUGAUCAUGUGGUACAGAAUCAAUGAGAUAUAUCUACCACUCUAGUGAUUUCCAUAGUAUUAUGCACAUUUAUAUUUUAUAUUAUUAUGAAAUCUUAUUAUGCACACUGUA